CUCUAUCUUCUAUCGGUGUACCUCUUUAGCUAUCUCUCCCUCUCUUCCUCUUUUUCUCCAAUCCUGUGUGUAUCUCGUUGCUCAAAGAAAAGUCUUCCCUUUCAUCCGGCGCAGUCGGACGCUAUUAUGCGCGUGCUAUCACUGUCACCCGGCGAAUCUUGUUCGCGACCGGACGUGUGCGUGUGUCGUAUCGCGGGUGUGAAUAUUUCAACGGCCUGAAAUCGACCUGCCGCGCGCGCAGAACACGUGUUUGCUCGCGAUACCGAUCGCCGUUGUCCUUUCGAUACUUUCGAUCGAUGUGGCUAUUUUCCGCGCUGACUCCAAUUCACUCACGCGAGUGUCAACGAAGCAGAGUACCUGAGCCGCGCGAUCGCGUAGUGAGCACUCGUUCGCGAGUUUGUCUGUGCGUCGACUCGAGAAUCGUCCUAGCGGAUUAAAAAAGAUCCCAUUGAAACGAGAAGUCUUCCCGUCUGAUGCUCGACCGCGCAUCUCAUAAGAGAACAAUCCAAAUGUCACGUGUUCGCGACCGAUAAAAUCACAGCCGCUCCUUUGCGGUAUCCUGUUAUCGCGCGGAGCCCCGAAACCGAAGUCCGCCGUCAAUAUCGCGUGUAGUGUGAAUAUUACAAUACGUGAUCGAUCGAUCGCAUGGAGCACAUGUUUCAUAAAUGCCUAUAUACGGCUUGUCGUGACUCCGACGUUAUUUUUCCUCGGUUCGCCUCGGCGAUGAAUCGAAUGAAUGCGAUAUUUCCGAUACGGAACACCAAUGCUCUUGCACGGCGAUUCGACAAUGUGCGACAGAGCGCUCGAGCACUUCCAGCGAACGCCGUUCGCGAUCGCCGACAUCAACGGGCAAGAAGUAGAUACAAGUUCCUAACAAUCGUCACUUUCCGUUACUUCGCGCUUUAUCCUUGCAACGCGGCCGUGUAAUCAUCGCCGAUUGGAUUACUGUCGUGAAUAUUCCAAUAUUACAUCGAUCUACAAACAGAGCAAAGCGAAUCAGGAAGCACUUCCAAGUAUUCGAGCUCUCCCUUUCCUCCUUUCUCUCUCUUUCAAACACAUCAAUAACAUCGUUGUUUGAUUCGACGCAUGGCAUAAUUGCCCUCGAGAAUCUACGCAUGUAAAAAAAUCCUUCACUCUCUAUCCUAAAAAUUCAAGCGUCUGAUAUAUUUCAAGAUCAACGUGCAUUCGAAUCGGAUCCCAUUUAAAAUUUGCGGCUUAUCCGAGAGAGAUCGCCGAAAUAACAUACUUUUAUCAUACAUCGUAAUGCAUAAUAUAUUUAUGCCUGAAAAAUAAGAUAUUUUUCACAUCCGUGUCUCUUCGAUCACAUUGCAAUGCGAGCGCGGUAUCGUCCGGCGUGCCCGUCGAUUACGCGAAUAUCUCAUACACGAUGCGAAUCUGCAUCGUAAAUUGCACCCUCGUCUAAUAACCGCACUACCAUCUCGCCGUGUAAUGGCGCAUCUAGUUGUCACACUGCGUGUUUCCUCGUCCUGGCCAUAGAUCGUCGUGAAAAAAUAUUCGCGGAUCCAAUUGUUCCCCGUAUACACGACGGCAAUUCUCGAUCAAGCGUGUUUGACCCUAGUGGUAGUCGUAGCCGGCGUUGUCAGCUCGUUAAUGGCAUUCCGACAGCGGUGAUAGACGACCGUCUCCUCCUUGUUUAUGUACAUCUACAUAUUAUCCGCGGAGACAGCCGCUCGCUCGUCGUGUAAAACUCCGAAAUUUGCAUGGAGUUCGACCGGUCGCGCUCCCUCAGUAGUAACAGACGCCUGUGGUCGGCCGAGUUUAGCGUGACGGUCCGAGACGAGAAAACGUCCGCGAAAUUAGCCUCGUUCUUAUUCCGAGAGAAUAAAAAAUUCGUUUCUUACCGAGCUGUAUUUGCAUUUCGCAUCGCAUUGUGCGGAAUACAUGAAAACCGACCGAUCGCUCUCCCAGUAUUAGACGCUCGUGGUUGGCUAAAUUUUGCGAAACAGAUUGGAGAGGAGGGACGCGCUUGGCGCUCUUUAUAUUCCGAUGGGAUAAAAAGCCCGUAUUUUACCGAGCUAUAUUCGUAUUUCGCAUCGCGUUGCGUGAGAAACAUAAAAAUCGACCGAUCGUUCAUACAGCGGACAUUCGUGGUCAGCCAAGUUUAGCAUAACGAGACGGUACGAGAAAUCGCCUGCAAAACUAGCCUCGUUUUUAUUCCGGAAUAAAGAAAAAAAUAAAAAGCUCCUGCCGAGUUGCGUUCGCGUUUUUGUGAAAAAAUGUAAAAGUUCGCCAAUCGCCUCUUCAGUAGUAACAGACGCUCGCGAUCGGCCGACUAUUCUCGCGACGAAUCAGAAGGAAAAAACACCCGUCAAGUUAAUUUCGAUAAAGAAUUAGUACUCGGUAGAGUACUGAUUCUGCGUUCAUAUUUCUGCGGAAAAUGUAAAGAUCGAUCGGGAAACGUCUGUCAUGUGCUCGAGAUUUAAUCAGUUAGACAAAAUGUCUCUUCGUAGCCAACCGUGGCAGUUUUCGCAACAGCAUGCAUACGUGGUUUCACGUACGGGCGCGGGGAUAAAUCUCGAUCCCGGCACUUGCUUUAUCGGCAAGGAAAGUUGAAUUUUCUCCGCACUACGUGACUCAACAACUGAGCGAGACCGGAGGAUUCUCGCAUUUAUCUCGCUGCGCCAGGAUAAAUUCCUCCCUCGGUUCAUUGCCGCAGUGAUGCAGCGUUCGCGCAGUUUGUUUCUCUCGCACGUAAUUACUGGCGAAAACGCUCAGGUGAUCCGCCUUUCCGACUCGGCGCUUCCGUCCGUUUCGAACGAGCCUGAUCGAAUUUUCGCGGCGUCUAACGUCAAACUGCGGAAGCGCCGGCGGAAACGAAUGAUAAAUCGCGAGACGUCGAGAUUUACUCCGGGCGCUCCAAAAUCUCCUUUCCGUUUCUUGGAAAACUCAUGCCGACGUUCUCCGUUCGUUGGUUCGUAACACUUUGCGCCGGGCGAUACAAACGUCAAAGAAACGACAGACGACUUGCCUCGUGUCUGGUCGCGAACUAUCCUCUCCCACACACACACACACACACACACACAGUCGUACACCCUCGAUAGCUGCUAUAGAUCGGAUGAAAUAAUAAACAGGCGUUUAACUCGUUAACUAAUGUGCGUCGAACGUACGUCGAGCGAUCGAGCGUAUGUUUAAGAAGAACUUGUUAGUUCGCGAAAGUUUCAACUUCCUGCGCGUCGGACAAACCCGGAAGAAUUCCAAAGUCCGCGCCGCGCGAAUGCUAAAUUUAUCGAUCGUGUCAGCGGAGAAUCUCCACUAGCAAAGUUUUCACGCUAUCGAGGCGGCAUCAUCGUCGGCGAGAUAAUAACGUCACGACGGAGGAUUCAGUCGGAGGAACAACGCGUUCCUCGGCGGACGCCGAGUAUCGUCCGAUGUCGGUUCGAAAAUUGAGUGAUUAGUGUGUGUUCGCGGCUUGAAAGCUCGCUCGUUAGACGAGCAUGCUCUCUCGGUCGCGUGGACGAUCCGGUCUAAAAAUAUUGGAGAAGCAGCAGUCGAUACAAAUUACACUCUCCCCCUUACCUCCUCCUUUUCCGCCGGCGCCCUAUCAUUAUUGAAUAAAACACUGAGCAUUAAACCGCGCGCGGAUCGAAGCCGAUCUCUCGUUUUCACGCACCUAUGCCUGCGCGGUGCGCUAUCGUGACAAAGCAGUCUGCUUUAGAUCAAUCGAGAGACUCGCUGCUAUUAAAGUUCGUGCCGUUCCCACGACGAGACAGUUCUCCCUCGAAGAGGCGAACGUCAGUCGACUCUCGCGCGCGUCGCGUCGCUCUUAAUCCGAGACUUCGCGCGUUAACACUUCGCAGACGAUUGAGACCCUUCGCAGCCUCGGGUUACGCUGAAUUCUCCGGAGAAGAAAGUGGGAAUGUUGCGAGGAACGCCUAUUAACGGCCUGAAGGCCGAAUGCGUUCGAGUAAAAGGACGUGUACGAAUCGUGUCGAACGUUGGAUACGUUCGGGACGUUAAAUAACGAACACAACGGGACGUUAAAUAACUCGAUACCGCGGACGAUUAAAUAUUAAACACUAUAAACAGUCCGAGAUGGCCAUUUCCGUCAACAAUAAGGAUAAUAUCUUAUCCGAUCGAUCCCGCGAUGCCGCGAGUUCCGUGUCGUCGGUUGAAAUGUAUCAGACUGAAAGAAAACGUUGAAGACGGACGAGGCGCGCCGUGGCCUUGCGCGCUGAAAUUAUCGUUAGUUUCGUUCGAUAACCUCGGCCUACCCGAUACACACGUUGCAACACGACUCCGCUAAAUCCGUCGUGUUAUAACGGUCCUACGCAAAAUCGACGGAAUGUAGCGUCGGAGUAAAAGUUGAAUCGCGACUUGGGCUGCGAAUAGUAACUGAGUAACUUCUCAUCCCACGCGUUGCGUCGGCUUCUAAGAUCGUUCGUUUCUUCCCGCCUCACGGCUCUCGACGUGCUCGCUCGGUGAUGUGCAUCACGAUGAAGCUUGUUUGAAAAGUGGAAGACUUGUCGCGACGCGAGAUGCAUCAGACAAAAAUGGACUGCGACGUUGUUUAUUAAUACGCCAUCAGUGCGCGAAAGUAUCACGAGUUCUCAUCGUUACCGCUCGCACGACUAUACUAAUGUUGACGUGUUGCGUAAACACGAGUUGUUACAGUCGAUGUUUUACGCGAGCUUCCUUCACGAGUGCGUGCUCCCCGCGGGCUACGGACUAAGGCUUCGAGAGGAGGUAUCGCGAUGUCAGUCUAAUUCAUGUCGGAUAUAAAUUCGCGGCUUCUCCCUAGCGGCCGCACGCUCCCGCGAGUUCGUCUCAUCGGGAUUCGCACAGUCGGUGCCAUCGGCCGGACGGCUUUAAACCCCGACGAUGCAAAUGUCGUGCGACGAGCCGCCACGACGUUUUCCCCCUGGCUCGAGCGCGACCAAGUCUUACGGUCUGGUCGACCAGGUUCGUAACGCGUCGAGGUCGUUAGUCUCGUAGCACAGCCCGCCAAUGAGUUAGGCGGUCGUCGGCGUGCCCAGAAUAGUACGGAAAGAGAAAGAGAUAAAAACGAGUAAAAACGAAAACAGCACCGUCGGAGAAAGCGCAGAACCUACACGAAACCGUAUACCGUAUGCGGGAUUUAGGGAAGACCUAAGGAAACGCUAUAAACAUCCCUGUACCCUCCCUUGUGAUCGUCGCGCACCGUCACCGCCACUGCCACUCUUCCACGCGCAUCCUCGAGCACCCGCCGAGUCGGCCGAGAAAAUGUAUCGGCUCGUAUAAAAGCCAAAAGAAAAAAAAUACAUAAAAAAGAGAAAAGCCGAGUAACGAACAACCGAGAGAAAAGAAACGAAAAACAAAAAAAAAACAAAUACCACACCCACACCACACACAUUGUUGCGAGAACGCUGACAGUAGCGAGAGCCCCGAGUCAGUCAUGAAUCUUAUGUUCCGCAAGAACUUCGGGGCCGAGAAGGGACCCAGUGGUGGCGGCGGAGGAAGUGGAGGAGGACUGGGAGAGGUCAGGCCCGUCCUGGGCACCACUUACGGUACCGUCGGGGGGUCCUCGUUCGGCCAGUUAGGGACGCGUUUUGGCGCGGCGCGCAGCGGCCAGUCGGUGGUCGGCGGCGCGCGCGGGCCCAUACGACGCAGCCGGGAGUUCGGAUACUUUCCAUCAAUGGGCGAUCACGAGCACCAGGGACACGGAUAUCGCACUCACCUGUUCCUAUCGCCGCCCGCAGGUGGGACGCUCGGCUCGCCGCCCGAGGACUCGGGCGAGCGGCUGGGCCCGCCGCCGCGUCGUAAUUCGGGCCCGCAUGUGAUCAAAUGGGGCGGCGGCGGUGGGCCAGUCGCCUCCGCACAGGGCGCGCAGACCGCCGGCGGCCAGGCCAGGAGGAAGCAGAACCAGAUCGCCCAGCAGAAGGAACCCUCCGACCCGCCGACUCCGACCGCGUCCAGGCAGGUGUCCUUCAGCGGCAACCGUGCUUCCGGCACCUACACACCCCUCGUGGUUUCCGGAAACAGUCCACCGCGAGGCGAACCAAUCUCCUUGGCCACUUUGGACCGCGACUGUUUUAUCAUACCUCUUGCUUCUCUCGAGCGUUUUUUACCAGCGGGCGUGCCGCACGCUCCCGUCGCCGACAAGAAGAGACCGGGCAGCCCCCUGUCGGUUCUGGAGGUGGAGGAUCCAAAGCAAUGUGUUCUCGCGCAUUUCAUGACACCACUGGAGCCUCUAGACCCUUUAGUCGAGUCUCCAGUGUCCCGUCCGCUGGUGCUGCAACGCGAUACAGCGGCGGAACUAGUCGCCGAGAUAGCGCCUUCCGCGUCGCAGAGCAUUUUACUUACGAACAUGGAGAAGAACGCGGAUUUCCCGUUCAUCACGUAUUAUCUAAUAAACAAGCAGAACACGGACCCCGUGGACUUUUACAACGAGGUGCAGUGCGCGGCUCUACGUAAGUUCGAUCCCCGGGACCUCAGAUACGCGGCGAGUCACACGUUGGACCUGUUCAACGAGGUAGCGACAAUCGCGAGGCCGCCACUCGAACCGCCCGGUGGAAGACCGCCUAUUCCGUCCACCGGCUACAUAGUGUCGAUCUUCAAAGUUUUCGAGGGCGACGACGGCCUGAAGUUCGAACAAAAUUGGCUUUACUGGACAGGCGCGCGUAUGAUGUACCGAUACCUGCCGAAAUCGGUAGGUCUGAGGCGCAUCACCUUGCACAAAUCGAUGUCGCAGGGCGACAAAAUGUAUCUGCUGAUCUGCGAGUGCUCGCAGCUACAAGACAAUCUAUCCGCGGCGGCGAUACUUCUGCCGGCGCUCCGUGCACGCCUAUGCGGAUACACCGGACUUUACAGGCCCUCCGUGUGUUUCUGAUUCCUCACCCAGUUGUUAGAAUCUGCGAAGAGCACUGUUUCGAAUCACAUUACGUGCAUCUCCGCAGAAAAAUCCGAGUGAAACGACACGUAAUUAGAGCAGCAGCAGCAGCAGCAGUGGGUGCCAAGAAAGAAGAACGCGAUACCGAUUUGCAAAAAUUGAAGAAUAUCAUCGCGAACGCCGCUAACGAACGAGACACUGUGAUUUCCUAUCGUACUAUCUAUUAUAAGAAACGCAACUUCGUAUACGCUU